UCGUGAAGCAAGUUUGCGUGUAGAAGUUAUUUUAUCGAUUUCUGACGACAAUGAUGACAGCUACUGAGAUAGUAGAGCGGUAAAUCUAAUUAUUCGAUGCUGACAAAAUGAAACUCCUUUACGAUUUUAAUGAAUGCUGCCGAUAAAACUUUCAUCGAUGUUAACUGUCAACUCUUCUAAUCACUCUGGAAGCAGCCUACCAGAAACUUGAUUGUGACUUAAGUCAAACUUCUAUCCAACUCUGACGUGAAAUACUGGAGAAAUGUAUAUAGGCUUUGUAUGAAUAUGUAGACGACCGUUUUUGUUGUUUGUUUUUCUGCCGCCUACUCAGUGUCUGGAUAUCUACCUUAUCCUUCUGACGAAUGUUAUUUAUGAUUUAACAAGCAUGGGGAAUUACCAAAAUCAACAGAUACUGCCAGAAGUUAGUUUUGAAGAGAAGGGCAAAGAAUUGAAUGUACGAGGAAAAGUACGAUCUAUUACCGAUUACUUGCAGUACAUUCAAAGCAAGUCAAAGCGAAUAAACACUGAAUCCCAGAUAGCUCUACCAAUCCCAGAGACACUGUCACUCUACGAACGUCUCAAUGCUUCAUUCAACUCUUUGACUGAGAUCCAAUUGAACAUGCCAUUUAUAUUUCCACACCUGACUUACCUGGAUUUGAGCCACAACAAUCUCUAUUUCCUGCCUGAUACAAUGGGGCUCUUCCUACAUUUGGAAAUCCUCAUUCUACACCAUAACUAUCUCAAACAAAUUCCACACAGCAUGGUUCAACUUGACAAACUCUCCAAACUCGAUCUUUCCAACAACAUGUUGAUAACACUGCCCAAAUCUCUUGGAGAAAUGAAAUCACUGCAAAAACUAAAUAUUUCACAUAACAAGAUCCGGGAAUUACCCUUGUCUCUUAUUGAGUGCAGCUCUUUGCGGUUAAUUUUAGCUUGUGACAACCUGAUGGAAAAUCCACCACAAAACAUUUGUGAUCGAGGAUCAAAACCCAUUUUAGACUAUUUCAAGCAGAAGAGGCUUGAUGGUUUAUCUAAUCAAAAACCACCAAAAUCAAACUUUAAAUUUCCCAGGCAACAGUGGAACCAUUCACCAACUAAUGUUCCAAAUCCAGAUUCCCCCCAGAUGAAAUACAUUCAAAUGCAGACUCACACAACAUAUGUGCCAAGCCGGUUGAAAACACCUCUUCAUUUUCCACCAAAUUCCACCAAACUGGAUGCUCAUGUGUUGAGUGAUAAAAUUACAGGUCUCAUUUAUGGUGCUGCUGUAGGUGAUGCAAUUGGUCUGGCUGCACGCUGGAUGGAUCCUGAUGAAUGCCAGUUCUACUAUGAUAAAGAUCUGAAAUAUUGUAAUAUCCGCCAGGACAAACACCGAGUGUUUUGGUCACCUGGAGAUUGGACAUCGAAUUUUGAUACAAUGGUGUUAGUCCUGGAUUCACUAAUUGCUUGGGCUGGAGUAAUUGAUGAGCUGGAUUUCUCCAAACGUUUGAAAUAUUGGUCUAAACAUGGUUUUCCAGAGUUGAAUGAUACCAAAGGAACUGUUCCCAGUUUUACGAUCCAAGAGGUCCUCAAACAGCAGUCCUUUGAGGAUGACCCACAUUUAGCAGCUGAAGCUGUUUUACAAGAGGGCUAUCUUCAAGACCCCAUCAACUCUACAACAGAAAACUGCACUUUGGACCCUUGUCUAAUCACUCCACCAGAUGAAUAUUUCUUCAAUGACAACUCAGCUGUUGUCCGAGCUGCUAUCCUAGGUAUACCUUAUUUCUAUAAUCUGUCUGAAGUUGCCAACAAUUCUGUACGCAUAUGUCGCUCAUCUCACAAUCACCCAGAAUGCAUUGCUUCCUGUAUUGCCAUUACUGUUAUUAUUGCUUUACUGUUGCAAGGUUCUCAUGACUUGAACAAUAUGGGGUCUGUCCGAGCCUUAUUAAACACAUCUGCUUUCCAUGCCAAUCCAUAUUUAAAAACUGAUGAACAAAACAAUGAAUUUGAGUCUGUUUUAAGUGUUACAUCUUUAAAAAGUUUGAACAUUCGUGAGGAGAGAAAAAUGACACAUACUUAUAAACCUUUGGGAUGUGCUGCACUUGCUGUGAAAACCACAAAAGGAUACAGGGAAUUCAUCAGUGAUUUGGUUCUUGAAGGUGGAGACAGUGCAAGCAAUGCAUGUGUGGCAGGGGCCAUACUUGGUUGUCGCCUUGGUUACCUUCAACUUCCAAGUGAUUGGCUAACAGAACUUCUUCCCCAACAAGUCAGCUGGUUAAAUGUCAAAGUGAAUUCCUUACUUGACAUGUUGGGACUUCCAUAACUAUGUAACUGAGAUUUUUGGAGUAGUUAUGUGAUGCUCUCAGAGACAUUUGUUAUCAUAUUUCAUCUCAACAUCAUAAUCCUUACCGUCAUCAUUAUCACCAUUGUUCUCAUGAUUAUGAUCUCUGAGAUGUUCUAGAAUUUGAGUUCUGUGUCAAACAUAUUUGGCUGAAGAUGAUAGCAGAGAGGAUGAAGAAGUAGGAAGAGGCUAGAGGUGCAACUUAAUCAGAGAUUUCCCUCUAUCACAGUGUAUUUUCUUCAGUGUCAUGUGUCAGUGCAAAUUGUGUUUUAUGUGUGUGGAGAUUGAACAAGAGCUCGACUUCUACUUAAGAAUGGAAUGUUACUGAGCUCAGAUAUUUAUAUAAAUAUAUAUAUUUUCUGUACUGCUGAUCUACUUUAAAAAUGAGGUUGUGUCUGAAGAUUUAACACAUUGAAUAAACAAGCUCAAAAUCACAGAAUUUAAGAAAGAGAGUAUACAGUUUAACAGAUGUGUCCAGUGUGUGUUUGCCAGGAGAACCAGUUUAAAAAGUAUCUGGUGCUAUUGAAGCCAGUUUUAGACUUUUUUUAUUUAUUGGUUGGACCAAGCUGAAAGGUAUGGAAGUCAGGGAGAUAGUUCUGUGUUUAAAGAUUAGACAAAAUAGUUUUGGAGGUGAAGUAUAAUAGUAUAAGGAAAGAACAGGCAGAUAUUAAUGGGUCGGUAUUGUUGGUAAUGGGACUGGCAUAAAAUAACUGCUGCUCAUGAAAAUGAUGUUAAAUUGUUGCUAAUGAAAAUGAUGUUAAACUGUUGUUAAUGAAAGCAAUGUUAAACUGUUUGUAAUUGAAAAUUUUAUUAAACUGUUGGUAAAUUCAAGUGAUGGUAUUAAACUGUUGGUAAAUGAAAGGGUGGUUUGAAGUGUUGGGAUAAAACUUGUUUGAAACUUGUUAAAAAUUGUUAGUAACGGAACAAAUAAUUGUUGAUAAUGAAAUGAAAAUUGUUGAUGAUAAAACAUUUACCAACAAAACUGUUGGUAAGUGAACUUUUAAAACUAUAUAUAUGUGUAUGAAACUGUUGGCAAUAAGGCAGUUGCAAUUAAAUUGUUGGUAAACAAACUGAAGAUAAAAUUGUUAAAUUGUUAGAAAAUGUUUAUUUUUCUAAAACUAACAACAGAAAAAUUUAUAUUUUAAGAUGUUGGUAAUUGUCAAUAUAAUAACUAUCGUCAUUAUUUGUAUUGUUUAGUCAUCAUUAAAAGAUUGGUUUUCUUACAUCUUGGGCUUAUCUCUUUCUAAUCUGUAUUCACUGCAGUAAUUGAACUCAGCACUACUCGAUAACAAAAGAUGCUGUUCAUUGACAGCAUUCAGCUAGCUGUGUCACUUCACAAUGCCCCCUCCCACUUUUUUUUUCACAGCCAGAUGGCAUUAGCUCUUUGGGUGUGUAUUGGCAAGAGAUAACAUGUUGUCAUAGUAAUAGGCUAUCAAAUGCUGAAUAUAGAGCACAUAAAUGUCUGGUGUUGUUAAAUUUGACUAAAUACACUCAAAUCUGCUCAUACGAGUGGUGUGGCUGUAUGGUGAAGAAGUUUGCUUCCCAACCACAUGGUUUCAGGUUCAGUCCUGCAUGGCACCAUGGGCAACUGUUCUCUACUAUAGUCUCUGGCCAAGCAAAGCUUUGUGAGUGGUUUUGGUAGACUGAAACUAAAAGAAGUCCAUCAUAUAUAUAUGUGUGUGUGUGUGUCUAUGUCCAUUUGUGUACCCUUGUCUUGACAGUUGUGAGUUAACACUAUCAUACAAGCAUUGUCAUUGAUUUCCAAUAUUGUGCAAAUAUGUCCGACCCUUAGGGUAAGGGUUGGUGACUGGAAGAACAUCUGGUUGUAGAAAAUCUGCUCCAUCCAACCCAUGCAAGUAUGGAAAGUGGACGUUGAAAUGAUAAUAUUGUUGAAUCGUGCUUUUUGAGGCACAGAAACUGGUAGUUCUGGUCUGCAAUGGACCAUAUGGUGGCUCAUUCAAUUUCUGUUUGAGAACUAAAUAUGUGAGGCUUUCUUUACAUUUGCAUUUAACAGCGCCUCAUUCAGCAUGACAACAGUCAAAUUACUGAAACUAGUUCUAAAAUAACAUUCAAAUGUAAUUAAGCUAUCAUCAGGGAAUAGUUACAAGAAUAAAAAUUUAAAUAUCUAUAUUUUAAAUAAAUCAAAUUUCGUAUUUAAUUUUUUCACUAAAUUUCUUAUUUAUAGAAGUAAUAUUUUUAUUUUGAAUAUUUAUUAUUUUUUUUUUUUUGUGCUGAGAUGGUUGAACAAAUUGGUAUGAAAAUGGUGAAUGUAUUAUCUCAAGAUAAUAAAAAUUGUUUGUGGGAAGCUGCUAA